UCGUUUCCCGGGCAGGGCCAACAGCUCCCCUCACUGCGCUUAAACUCACCGCGGGCUGUACGUUUUCGCCUGGGUUAAGAUCUGCUGCCAUCAUCUCGAUAUAAACGCCCAUCGCGCCGCCCCCUUCGGUGCGGAGAGGUUCGGAUUCGAGGUUUAGUCGAGCUUAUCAAUUCAGGGUCUGUAUAUAUAUAUCAAUUCAGGAUUGACAUGUGCCCUUCUGCAAUUGAGUCUGUGCCAGUUGGCAUUGACAUUCAUUCACCUGAUGAAGAACUUGUACUGUUCUUGGAUCAAAGGAAACCUGGGGAUGCCACUCCAGACAAUGUUGUCACUGAAGUGAAUCCUUUCAACGUUGAACCAUGGAAUUCUCCUGAAAACAUUUGGUAUCUGUACCAUUCAGGGGCCCCGAGAUCUCCUAAUGGGAACUCUGAAAUGAAAGUAACAAGAUCUGGAUAUUGGAAGCCAACAAAUGAUCGUAAAAUUUAUACAAGUACCUGCGCUAUUGGUAGAAAAAUGACCCUGGAAUUUUAUAGAGGCAAAGAACCUUUUGGAGAAAGAACUGGGUGGGUGAUGUAUGAGUAUCAGGCGGAACAGCAUAUGUCAAAUGGAUAUAAUUCCUCAAAGAAGAACUAUGGUUCCUUGUGUAGAGUCUUUCAGCAAACUGAUAGAAGGACAAAUCAAGAAGAACAUUUUUUUUCUGCUAGUGCAGGUGAUUCUGGUGGUGAGUACAUAGAACGAAUAUUGUUGACCCUUCUAGAGAAAGAAGAGGGCAACUCAUCCUCGAGGAUUUCAGCCAACAAUUCCCAGACUGUCGCUGAGAAAGGUCAGGAGCAAUCAGCAUUGUCCAGCAGGAGGCCUGAUGAGCCUUUACCUGAGAAUACUAAUGAGAACAUGUUUGGAACUUGUGAUUUUUCAAAUGGAGAAUUCUUGGAGAUAAAUGAUCUAUAUUGUCCGGAGAUACCUUCAGCUAGUUCAGAUAAUUCUAGCCUCAUGUCAGUAAAUUCUGAUGAAUUCUUUGAUACUGAUGCAUUAUUGAGGGAUAUUGAGACUGACCAUGGUCUUGGAGUAGAAGAAGAGCUUACGUAUCACAGGUUCAGUAUCUCUGUACCUACAGAAUCAAGUCAGGUGGUUAUCAGGCCUUCCCCACCAGGUAUAUCAAUUCUGGUCCCCUUCCAUUGUAGUUCAAUUAAUAGAACUGCUGAUCUUGUGAUUGAAGAUAGCAAUCCUGCAAGUUGGUUGAUUAGAAAUGGAGUGACUUCACACCCAGAACAUUCCUCAUCAACUGAUGAGUUGUGGCACGAUGGAAAGGCUUCUACAACUAGUAAAUCUCAGGGCAGUCAGGCCAACCGAAUUGCCGAUACCACACAUAGACGCAGGACUUUAAAGGGGAAUGGAUUAAAAUCAGUCCGAAAGAUUGCAAAGAUAGGAAGAAAAUACUGUUGCUUCGGAUCAUUUUGAUAUAACCUGCCUCGUCAUACUGGUUAGAGAGGAGAUAGGAGUAUAGUCUUGGGUUUCAAAACCCAGAAACAAACUUCUUGGUAAUGCAAGUGUUUGAUGUUUUAGCUGUAAGCCAACACAAGGAGUUGCAGAGAAGAUUGGGAACUUAAAACACCCAUCUUGAAGUCAACUGGCAAAUCUAAAUUGCAGAUUUCAAAGUGCUACUGCCUGAUGUAUUUAGGUUCCUAGGGUUUAUUUUAUUUGUUUCACGGAAGUCUCGUACAUGUGGUUGGAGUAUAUGCAUCUUGGAAUUCUCAACACAUUUACCUGUAAGGCAGCAAAUAACACAGUUUUGUACAUUUUGUUGAUAUAACGUGGUUUCUUUUAUCUUAAACAAUUGCAUUGUUCAAUCAAUAAUUGCAUAUAUACACAUUGAUUUCA